AUGUCUGUUAGCACGUCAUAUGGCGUGACACCUCGGGACUGCUCUCCAGAAGUGGUCACCGUCAAGGACGUUAGCACCCUGCCAUCUGCAAGAGAGCAGCUCGCCAUGAUAAGGACCGAAGUCCAAGUGAACAACGCGCCGAAGCUCACAGCCCCCCAUGAGCAGCGUGAGCAGCUUGACGAAGGAACACUCAUGCUUCUCGAGACCGCCAUCACUGCGCUGGGGGCGAGCAAACCCCAGCUGGCCGUCGCGGGAGAGUGCCUCAAGAUCACCCACCACCACCUUAAGUGCUACUCCGUCACUCUGGCCAAGGCGGGCCCCGGAGCCAACGGUAACUUCAUGGCCCCCUACGAGAUCUGGCAUGGCAGGCAAUGCAACUUCACCAAGCCAGAGUUCAAACCAGAGGCCAUAGAUAAGGGUGACGGACAGGGACGGUCCGCCGGGUCCCUUUGGCGGGGAAGAGACCGGCAGGGUGGAGUGCGGGAUUCGUUUGGUUGUGCACAUCAGAACGACCGCAGCUGCUAUGACCGCGUAGCGGUCGUAGCAGCUGCUAUGACCGCUACGACCGGUGCAGCCACUGUGACCGAAGCCGCUCUCGCAACCCGGCUAAGCACGGCUGAUCAGGAUUUCUGUUGGCCUCACGGUCUCUGGUGCUGCCCUGACCCUCCCUCACCUUCCUCUUGUCUUAAGCUCAGUGGCCCCUCCGUGCAGUUCGCGGUCGUUGUUGCAGGGGCCCACAAGUCCAACGAGUGUUAUUCGGUUGUAAUGGAGAAUGCAUUGGCCCAGUCAUUGACAAGACUUGAUCUGCUAAGUAGCACAUCCGGUUUUUUUCCAGACCUUUCGCCGCUAGAAGAUGUCGUCACCAAGUCGGACCUGGACCCCCACCUGCCCAACAAGACAACACACAAUUGGAGACCAAGAACACCGCCAAGCGUCCUGCACCCGGCCCUGCAGAGCCCACCCUGCCUCGGACCAAGGUCGCCUGCCAAGACCAGGAACCACAUCCAGGCCCAGGAGCCCCAUCGAGGAGUGAAACAGCGGGCCCAGAAGGACCACCCCCCUGGCCGUACUGGGGUAAGAAUCACCAAUCUGCACAGGACCACGGGGAUUUUGUGUCGUCCACCAUAG